CAGGUUUUGAAACAGGUCGAAUGGGUAGACCACCAGUAGACGUCGGACGGCUUCGAUGGGCUCGACUGCUGUUGGCUGGCUCAAGCCAGCUGGUCUCGCUAAGUCCGGGCCAGGAGCACACCACCCCAGGCGGCCCUUCUCCUCCGCCGAGAAAGCAAACACUGCACAGCACCAUCCAGUGGUAGCCGCAUCCGGCGGCUUCCGCCGCAUCCGGCGGCUUUCGCGCCACGACAGAUGCCCUCACCCGGCCCGGUGAGCCCAACGCACGAGGGACUAUUUUGGGAUCUGCACCGGAAGCUGGGGGAGUGCUAUCAAGCUGAUGUGCAGACAGCGCGCUUGGCGGGGCGCAUCACCUCCAGCGAGCCCUUGGGGGAGGUGAUGAACCUUCCUUCGAUGUCCAGGCAGAUGAGCAGCCUGUCGGCUCGCUCUGAGAACCAGCUGGCGGUGCGCUCGCGGGGCUCAAGGGGCUCGGAGGCGAGUGAACAAGGAGUGGCACCGCUCCGGCCAGAGUUACCUGCGGUCGCGCCGCCGAGGGCCCUACCCAACCGACUGAGUUUGAGGAGCAAUCCAACCUACAGUCGUGAGGUGGACCUGGGGAGUAAGUCUGAGGAGCACGGCCACCAGAACAGCUACUUGUCUGGGGACUCACACGCUGAAGAGCGAGCGGUUCAGAGGAUUCAUUCUGGAACUGCUUCGAAAGCGCUCCGCUUUGAUGAGGCAAAGGACUUCCAGAUGAAAGUUCCCGAUUCGGGCAGCUUGGCAGAGGAAGACACGCCAGAAAAGUCGAAGGGGACGGAUGGUUCUCCAAGCUCUCCCAAGUCGCCAAGUCCAAGGCUUUACACUGAUCAGAGUGACAUGUUCCAGCCCAGGUCUUGCUGGCACUUGGAUCUGGUGAAUAUGUCUUUCAUGAGAAGAAAGAGCAACCUCACCAUGAAUUCCAGGUCUGGCUUCUCACUGACCUCCGCUGAGAGCAUCCAUGAGAUCCGCGUGGCCUUGACGGUGAAGCAGCACAAGGACUUCUUAGUCAUUCACCCACAUGCAACCUUCAAAAUCUGCUGGGACAUGAUGGGAAUGCUCUUCCUGCUGCGAGAUAUCUUCUUUAUCCCGCUGCAAUUAUUUGAUGUCCCUGCGGCCUACCUCAUGCAAUGGCUCGACACCACCUCGUUGAUAUUUUGGACCUUGGACAUUUUCUUGUCCUUUUUCACUGGGUACUACCAGAAAGGCAGACUUGAAUUGAAGCACCGCAAAAUUGCCUGCAAUUAUGUCAAGACCUGGUUCUUCCUGGACGUCCUGGUGGUAGGCAUCGACUGGUGGUUCUCCGUUCAGCCCACCAACGGAGCUGAAGGGGUGGCACGCGUGACGAAGUCCAUCCGCUCGGCACGCUUCCUGCGGAUGUUUCGCUUAAUCCGCUUGAGCAAGAUGAGCAAGGUGUCCAUCUUGAUGCGAGAGCAAAUCAGCUCUGAAGCUGGAAUUAUCUAUUUUGGUAUCCUUUUGGUCAUCCUGCGUAUGUUUGUCUUGCAGCACGUCAUCGCCUGUGGCUGGUUUGGCAUUGGUGAAUUGGCGACCGAAGAGGAAAACAGAAGUUGGAUUCUGACCCACGGCUUUCGCGAAAGAACUUUUCAGUAUCAAUACAGCACAUGUCUUCACUGGGCUUUUGCUCAACUGGGCAUGGGUUCGGUGGAGAUCGAAGCUGAGACAACGCAGGAGAGGAUCUUCUGUAUUGGAGUUGCUUUUGUGGGCCUCAUCAGUUUCUCCACUCUGGUGAGUACGGUCACGUCGCUCAUGAGCAACUUGCAAAAAGCACAGGAUCAGGAGCAGCAGCUCUUUCGAGACUUGCGACGCUUCCUGCAUCAGAAUGACAUCCCCAUUGACCUCAGUCAGCGAGUGACCCGCUUCCUGCAGCAUGCGUAUCGUUUGCAAACCUCCAGAAGCGUCGACAGUGAGGUCGCCAUCUUCCAGUUACUCUCCAAGUCCUUGAAUGCUGAACUUCAGUUCACGCGCUACAAGAAUUGCCUCUACUCACUCGCUCUCUGCAGGAAGAUCUUGUCAUCAGGUGCUGCUGUGGAAGCUGAAACGGUGGCGCAGAAGUUGGCCGUGAGGACCUUGAGUACCGUCCCGCUAGCACAGAACGACUUUGUUUUUCAAAGAGGCACUGUGGCUCACACGUGCUACUUCGCGCUGGAGAAUAACCUGGAGUAUGUCCGAGAGCGGGGCAACCGGAAGUCGGUGGAAGAGGGGACCUUAAUUUCCGAACUCGCCUUAUGGACGCCAUGGGUGCACGUCGGUGGUUUGGUCACCAAAGAGAUGAACAGAGUUGUGGCGAUCGAUGUGGAAUCCUUUUGCGCAUGCGUGGCCGAAAUACAUGAGGUCCAAGAACAGGCGAUCUACUUGGCACAGCACAUUGUGGAGGCCAUGAACGAUGAAUCACAGGAUUUGACCGACCUCUGGCAGUAUCACGUUGAGGAUGCCAGCGAACUUAGCCACAAGAUCUCAGCCACUGGAGAUCCAUUCAGUCCACUGAUGCGCUUCUGGCACAGUUGUGCCGGCUUUGCCAGAGCUCGGAUGGGGCCAAAAGAAGUGCAUGUGGUGCCUGCAGGGUCAGGGCCAGGGUGAAGGCAAGCUGCUUAGAGCACUGGACAUGACUGGGGUUCCAUGCUUAGAGCACUGUAUGCCCCUGGGUUUCUUCAGCU